UCUUUUUUACUGCAGGUAGUCGUCAGUUCUUUCGGACCAAAUUCGAGCGAUCAGGUUUUCACUCCCCUAUCUUCGGACUUUAGCUCAAAAACGUCGAGAUUCUUUUCUGGAUUUCGUCCGGCCAGGAGGCAGAGUUCGAUGGGCGAAUCAUGGAUCAAUUGUUCGUUAAGGGAGUAGAUCUUCCUCAAGGGGGACAUAUAAGUAGUUGACGAACUUGCACUUCACUAAAAGCACCCACAGCUUUCCUGUAAGCGACAAGCACAGGUUGUAUCUUACAAAUCUCUCGUCUUUCGUCUUGUCUAAAGCUGAUUGAAAAGUUUAUUCAGUCUUUCACCGUUCUCGUUUCGUUCAAUUUUCAACAUGCUCCUUCCUUACUUUCUCUUCGCUGCCCUUGUUGGUACAUCGGUCGCGGCUCCUGAAAAUGAAUACGACUAUGUCAUCAUCGGAUCGGGCCCGGGAGGGGGAUCCCUUGCAGCAAACCUUGCGCGAGAAGGACACUCAGUGUUUCUGCUCGAAGCAGGAGGUGACGCCUCAGAUGAUAUUUACCAGCGGCUUCCCGCACUACAGGGCGCAGCGUCUGAACAGUCCCCUCAUUCCUGGCAGUUCUUUGUAAAGCACUAUGCGAACGAGACGCAAGGCCGCCGGGACCUCAAAUACACAUACUUGUUGAAGAACGGAUCAUACCAUAUCGGUCCAGAUCCUCCGAGUGAUGCCGAGCCUCUGGGGUUGUACUACCCAAGAGGUGCCACCCUUGGAGGCAGUUCGCAGGUUAACGCCAUGAAUUUUGCCUGGGCACCUGAUAACGAAUGGGACCAUAUUGCGAAUCUUACUGGCGAUAAUUCAUGGGGUCAUCAAGAUAUGCGCGAGCUCCUGAUAGAGCUUGAGAACUGCACAUAUGUCCCUGCGGGCACACCUGGCCACGGAUUCGAUGGUUACAUCCAGACGAGCCACUCAACAGAUCUCUUGCAACCAAUUUCUUCUCCCAACACGUAUGAAUAUGUGCGAGAGAUAUUCCGUCGAUCUGGCGACAUCGUUCCCGAAAGCAUGGAGCAAAUGGCGGAGUUGUUCGAGCGCGAUAUCAACAGGAUAGACAGCGACCGUUAUGAGAAACCGUUCUUAUUCGCCCUCCCAAACGCUAUAUCCGCUUCAACGCGUGGCAGGAGCUCCAUUGCAGAUUACAUCAAUGAUGUUAUAGACGCGGGGUACCCCCUUACCCUAAGCCUUCAUUCUCUAGCAACCAAGAUUCUCACCGAAAACGGGGAAGACGGAAAACCAAAGGCCGUCGGUGUCGAAUACAUGAUGGGCGAGGCACUGUAUUCCGCUGAUGAUCGCUACAACACCAAUUCGACUGGGGAGACAAGAACUGUCUGCGCGAGGAAAGAGGUCAUCGUAGCAGGAGGCACUUUCAACACCCCGCAGAUCCUCAAGCUUAGCGGUCUUGGGCCCCGGGACGAGCUGGAGCAAUUAGGCAUUCCCGUUGUUGCUGACAUACCAGCUGUGGGAAACUAUAUGAUGGACAAUUACGAAGCGGCCGUCCAGAUUCGCGCUGAUCAACCAUGGAUGAAUACUACCGCCUCUCCCUCCCCAUGCACUGGUACGUUUGAUGAUUCCGAUCCCUGCUUCGUCGAGUGGGAGACCAAUGCUACUGGGCCCUACACCGUUAUGUUUGGCACGUUUUUCUCAACCUUCCGCACCAGUGCCAGCUGGGACGCAGAUUCCGACCUCUUCUUGCUAAGUCUAGCUGGUUUCGCAACAACAGGGUUCUACCCAGGAUACUCGCACACGCUACCAGCCCCAAACCAUUGGACGACCUCUAUUGUCAAGAUGCAGAUGGAGAAUCCAGCAGGCACAGUUACGCUUCAAUCAAAGGAUCCGCGACAGGCCCCCGCUAUCAACUUCAAUUACUUCACGCAUCGUGCUAAAGAGGACCUGCAGGCCUUAGUAGAGGGGAGUGAACUUCUGUUAAACUCCCUCGAUGCCGUUGGUAUAAACUAUACCAGGAUCGAACCCGACCCAAAGAUUCCAAUGGAGCAAGGGAUCAUGGAUCAAUCGUUCAGUCACCACGCAACAUCAACUUGUCGCAUGGGUCCAGCGGGGCACAAGGAUUAUUGUGUCGAUUCGAAGUUCCGCGUUAACGGGGUGAACAAUCUGCGCGUGGUUGAUGCUUCAGUGUUCCCGAGAUCGCCUGGUGCUAUGCCCAACGGACCAACAUUUACGAUUUCGAAGAAGGCGUUUUAUGCCAUAAUCGAAGACGCUUGA